UGUAAGACAGACAUCUCUCAGGCUUUACAGAAGAAGAGCUUCUCUCAGACUUAGCACCGCAGUCUACAGUUCAGUCCAAGUAAGUUCAGGCACGAUGCAAAGCAUUAUUCCCAAGAGCAAAACCAAAGGUACUGACUUCUGUGGAGUGGACCAUUGCUAUUAUAUAAUCCGCUCUGAUCUCGGCUUCUAUAUGCAGUCAAGUAAUUUCAAUAAAGGGUCAGACCUCAACAUUUUCAGUCUGCACCCUGCAUGCCAAAAUGGAGACCAUUACCUUGGUCAUCAGGAUGGCUACUUCUACAUCAUCAAGGGCAAUUCUUACCGCAGAGUCACCGAUCUGUCGACAGACAGUAGUGCUGUAGUUUACAGUCUUCAUCCCAACUGCCAAGGUGGAGACCACUACCUCUCGGCUUUUGGCAAUUUUUACAUCAUCUUCCAAGGAAAGGGCACUUACCGAAGAACAACUAACAUGAAUCAUGACUGGGAUGCUGUAGAAUACAAGCUGCAUCCCAACUGCAGAGACGGUCUGUAUUACUGGGGCUUGCGAUUCCACUACUACUUCCUCAAGCCGAGUUCAAAGUGGGGAGUUGAAUACUACAAAGGUACCAACUUCAACAAAGACGAGUGCGUCAAUGUCUACUCUGUUCAUCCUGAUGUUCUUAACUUCCUGCCUGGUGGGCUGUCAAUUACUAAAGGCCCAGCAUUUGGGAGGUGGGAGAAUAUUAAAACUAUAAAUAAUGACAGCAACACGCCAGUGAAGUGGCAAAAUAAAAUUAAUAAAAAGGUUGGAUACAAUAAAGAGAAGAUGUCCCAGAUCACUCACAACUGGAAGAUAGCCACGUCAGUCUCGACUGAAUCUGGAACCCUUGAAGGGUUAAUUGCGAAGUGGCAGUUCUCGUUCUCUGCAGAAUAUGGAGGUUCACGUGUCAGCACUGAAAAGGAAACCUGGACCGAACUCACUGAAGUGGAAGAACAACUCUCACUCGAGCUGCAGCCAAAUCAGAGUUUUUAUCUGUGGCAAUACAAAAUGGGUUUUGGGCAAGAACCUGUGUUGUUCUGUCGUGAUUUGAAGAUUGACGAUGUGCCUAACCCUCCAACUGAAGUCCCUCUGCCACCUGCAUAAUCAUAAGAAAUAUCAGCCCGGGUUUACUCCGAGGAUAACCAAGUGCUUCAGUUAAAUACCUGUAGUAGCUUAGAUGUGUUAAAGCAUUGCUUAAAAUGUAGCAGAGAUUAGGGUGAAUAAAGUGAAUAAAUAUCUAUACGUUAAUUUUUAAUGGUUAAUACAAUUAAAUAAUACAACAAAAAAAAUAAUUUCUUUAGUUGAAGGUUGAUUAACAAGUCAGUAAGCACAGCAUUUUAUAUUAAUUUGCACAUUCUGUACAUGUGUGAACAUGUAGAAAAUUACAUUUCAUCUAAUUUGCAUUAUGCUUUCAAUAUAUUAAAGCUGCCAUAAAGUCUGAGGCUUCAUUGAGUCUUUCCCUUUACCAAAGUGUUGUGUAUGUCUGACGAAUCCACACUUUCACAUACCACACAGACUUGUCUAUGAAAUGUGAUUUUUUUUUUUUUGUUUAAGAAAUAUGCAGAAAACAAAGAAUUAAUAGAACCUAGAGGUUUGCAACUGAAAUAUGCAUUUUUAUGAUCCAUUACAGACUCCAACCAUUCAAAUAAACCAGGUUUGAGAGAGUUUGUUUAUUAAGCUACAUUAGCGAUUAUCGAUCAGCAGGAUAAGUGCAUAUUAUAACAAUGUAGUAAUUGGGAGAAAUUAUUUGUAGAUAAUAGGGAAAUUUUAACUUUGAUAUCGAUAUCAUAUAUACACAAAAUAUUCAUAUCCAAUUAAUCCAUUUUUUUUCUCUCUAAGGGUUUUUAUAUCUAAAUGUGUGUUAUGGUGUGGUGUGGAAAGGAGCACAUGAAGAUGUCAGAUAAAAAUUAAUAAAUCCACAGUAGGGCAGUUCUAGACUGAGGGGUAACAGCCACACAAGUACAUCGAUGAGGCUGGACAAAUGAGUAGUUUUCAACAUUUUAUGCUCUGCAAAAAGAAACCCACUUUGAAUUGCUAAUUUCUUAUUUCUAUUUGUAAAGUUAUUUAAAUGAUAUAUAAGUUCAGUUAAUUUUAGGUACCAUUAAAUUGGUUUGGCUUUUAGCAGGGUUCAUCGCCAUAGUAACUUACGCUCCACAGCUAGCCUCCGGGGCAGGUUAUGUUCUGAUAUUGUAUUACAAGAUGGCGGCGCAUGC